GCUGGAAUGAACACUUCAGUGUGCUGAAAAUUCUUACAAAAAUGUUUUUGCCUCAUCUCCAUGUUUCACGCUUUGAAGAAGAGUUUUUUUCAAAGAUUUUACCAAAGCUUGUCAAGAUGUUUGAUGAUUUAAUGAGCGAGUUAUCCCUUAAAGCAAGUGGAUUGUCUAGUCAAAAUUUGGAAUUGCGUACAGCACUAAGGCAGACUUUACAGACAGUCAUAAAUAUUAUAGAAAUAAUAUCACAGUGUGUCAGACAUUUGUGUUCAUCGGAAGAGACUCUAAUUAUGGAGGACAUCCGAUCAUUGCCAUCUUGUACCCUUCAUGUGUUAAAGAAUACUUUCCAGCACUGCAAGGAAAGUGAGUCUGCAUAUAAUGGACACUUAUCACUGGUGGCAGAUCUGUUGCAAGCUCUGUUUAAAGAAGCCUUUUUGCUUCAGAAGGCAUUAAUGGAACUUUUGGAUAGAAUUUUCUUAGAAAAAGCAUCAACAGAUAAAGAAGCUGUUAACAUGGUAACAGUGAUUCACAGUCUUCUAGAUAUCUGUUCAGUUAUUUCAAAUAUGGAUCAUGCAUUGCAUGCUAAUACUUGGAAAUUUAUUGUUAAGCAGAGUGUGAAACACCAGUCUUUACUUGAAGAGCAGCUGCGGCACAAUGACAUUUUGGGGAAUUUAUGUGAAGACUUGCUUUUUUCAUUUCAGUCCUGCUUACAGUUAGCCGAACAGAUGAAGCAAUCUAACCUCUCAGAGACUGAUUUCACUACAGAGUAUAAAUUGUUUCAGAAGUCUGUAAAACUCUGUCGAUUUUUUGCCAAUACAAUGGUUCAUUACAUUAAAGAAUUUCAGCCUUUUCUUUCUAAGUGUUGCGGGAGAGUACACAAAUUGUUUCUUCAAAUAUAUAGUCAUUUUCCACCUAGCUUGUAUGCACCAGCACUUUUGGAUACACACCAAAAUGAAAUAAACAGCAUUGUCAUUGUGGCACUGGAUCCUCUCAUUACUCUGAUGUUGACCUUCACAUCGUUCGCAGAAACGGUUUUGUCAGCAGACCAACAGAUAUGUCCAGACCAGCUUCUUUCACAGUGUUUGUUACUAGUUAGCAUCUUGGAUAAACUCCCUUCGCUGCCAGAGGACAAAGUGGACAUGUGGUGUCGAGGUAGUCAAUUCCCUGAAGAGAAUGUUAGGUUUCCUAUAUUCCAAGCACUUUUUUGGAGUUUUCAGCAGUGUUAUUGUGAGCGGGCAGUGCCUAUUUAUUUACCUGGGGUGAUGGUAAAUGAAAAACCUCAGAACAGAGUUACAUUGCAUCACUACGUCUGUGUACAUCUUUGUGCUUUUGUUGCCUCGCUUCCUUCUAUAUGCUUCCCUGCUUUGGAAAAGUCUCUGCUGAGUGCCUUGCUUUGCUUAGAUGCUCAAACGGCUCUUCUUGCAGCUGAUGUUUGGUGUUUUCUAGCACGGUAUGGGACAGCAGAAUUGUGUCAGCAUCAUGUUCAUAUCCUAGCCCAGUUGGUUUUGCAGUGUCCAGGAGAGUGCUAUCAGCUCAUACAACUUUCAUCAUUAUUGAAACGAAUGAUGUACUUUAUUACUGUGGAACAUCAUGUUCUCUUUUUGGAGAAGUUUUCUCCUGGGGAUCCAGGUAAUUUAGUGCUGUGGCAGCACAUUUCUCUCAAGGCCUUUAAUAUGGAUCUGAGAAAACAGGCAGCAAAUGACAUUAUGAGGUCAGCCGUAACAGUGUGCACCAGGUGGAUUGAGGACAGAGGUGUGCUACAGGAAUUGGAACUUGUGAAUACAGCCCUUUGUGCUAUGUGGUCUGUGUGCCGGUGUUGCAUGGAUGUUAUUGAUGAAGAAAUUCUGAAAUCUGUCACAGGACAUGUUGGUCAGCUGUGGAUGCGCAUGUCUGUCCAACAGGUACCGAAUCAGCCAUGUGUCCAGGGCACUGUCCACCGUCUGCUGCUGUUAUCAUCAGCUCUAGUGCAAAACCUUGACCCACCGAUAAUCUCUCAGAUUGUGACAUUCUUAAGCCUUCUUUUGCCUGCCCACCCGCCAGAUGAAACUGUUUUGGCCAUUUUAGAAUUCUUGGAAUCAUUAGGAAGAAUAUUUGUACCACAAGAAAUACAGGUCCAUGUUCUACCAAAGCUGUCAGAUUUCUUUGCCUUCCUACUAGCUGAAAAGUCUUGGAUUCUCUACCAGCAUGUUCUAGAAGCAUUCACAUAUUUUGCAGAGGUAACAAGGCAUGAAGAAGUUGUUCCCCAAAGCUUAACAUGCGAGGAAAUGAAAAGUAAGGUGGUGGAUUUUCUCAGUAAGAAUAUCCCUUUACAAGAAAAUGUUGACUUGAGGAUAAAAAGACUAAAAUCUGAAAGGUCCACUCUGAAAACACACCUGGAAAGAAAUACUUUAGAAGCUGCUCAUGAGCAGCCGUGCUCCAAACGUGUCAGACAGGAGACCGUUGAAGAGGAACACUACGAGCGGGCAGUGCAGUUGGUAGAAGACGCUUUGAGUGCUCUGGAGUCACUGCUGCAACAAACCCCAGCUCCAGAAUGGCUAGCCCCCAGAAUAAAGGGACUGCUCGAUCAGAUAACUGGGAUGAGGAGCGCCUGCUCCAGUGCUUCUUAAUGGUGUCGUAUGUUGGAGGAUUUUAAAUUUUUUUUUUAUUUUAAUAGCUUAGUUUUCUUUAUUGUAUAAAAUGUAAAUAUGUUCCCUUCCGUGUACAUGCUGCUCUAUUUUUACCAAAGUGAAUUACUUUUCUUAAGUUCUUAACAAUGCAGUUCUGUCUUGUAAUUACCUGUAAAAUACUCACAAUGAGUUAUUAUAAGUACAAUGCAAAUAUAUUGAUUAAAACAUUGACUUGUUAAUAAGUAAACUGUAAGUAUGAAAAUAAAGGUAGCACAAAAAAUCUGAC